AUGGCGAACGAGGAGCAAAAUAACAAUUUGUCAGAGUCUGUCCUACUGUCGCUAGGUCAACCAACCAAGUGGAUAACGUCAGAAGCAAACAGGAUUCCCGACAAGCAGUUUCUUGAUGAUUUCACGCAAAGGUUGCUUCGCAGUGAAGAAGCGAGGGGAGUUGUUGACCAAUCUCAGCUAAGCUUCAAUCUGCGCGGCAUCGAAGGCAGCUGGCCAAACAAACCCGGCAGCGAUGAAUCAUUUCACACACAGCCGGAGAGCCCAUCUGCCACUCCAUACCCGCAGUCAGUGCUCAGCAGCUCAGAUGCCUGUACUCUCAAUCUGGAAGCCGAGCUAGACCAAUUACGCCCAACGUUUCCUUCCACACUUCAAAGCUACAUCUACCUGGAUCGGCUUGACGUACACACGCUCUGGGGUUCUAACACCGCUACACCACCAUAUCUUGACGUCGCUCUCGCAGGCCUGACCUGUCUCAUGUCCGAGGACAAAAAUGACUCUCGAGGCCACUCUUUGUUUAUGACUGCGGUGAGGUUGUUCAUUGUGACGCUUGAAUUGGACAACCGAGAGGCACGCAGAGUUGAGGGAGCACUGGCUGCAGUGCUGCUAGCGGUUUAUGGGCUGUUAACCGGCCCUCCAUCAGAGUGGAGAGUUACCACGAACAUGUUGGCCUUCUUCACGGCGGUUACGAGACGAUUGGCGCCUGCAAUUCCUGUUAUUCCGAGCGGCUUCUUCAAGACUGCCACAAGUCACUACUCCAUACUUCUCCGUUUUGGAUUUCUGGUCGACACUGUAGCGGCACUUCAUUUUAACCUACCACCGGGUCUUUCAAGCAAUGACCUAAAGGUUCCCAUGCUCUCAUCAAAUCACAGUUUUAGAACAGUCUAUGACGGGCUAUUCACCAGCGCGACUCUGCCGGAAGAUGUACAUAGCCCAGAAGAUGGACUUCUCUUGCUAACGGCCAUACUCUCGGACACCUUAUUUAUACAGAGAAACUUAGCCUCCAUCACUGUCUCUGAGAACUCUAGCAGCCACCGACAUGCUGAAAUGCCGCGAAAAUCCAACCCCUAUGCCACUCUCUCGCCCGACGGUGAAUAUCAUCGUCAAAAAUUGGCAUUGCUAUAUGCUCUGGAUCGAUGGCACGAACAUUUCGGCGAGCUGAUGUCGUCCAACAUCUUGGCCUACUAUUUCUUCUGCAGGGUUUGCCUAUUUUACCCGCACUUGGGGCGUCUUGCUGAGUCUGCCGGAUAUACUCCGCAGGUCGAAGGCGCAUGGCGCUUUCGAACUGAGGAUAAUAUGGAGAGAAGUGAAGACAAGGAUUUACCUAUUACAGAAGAAGCCCUAGAUGCAGCUUGGAGGGUGCUUGACCACGUGAAUGUGCGCACGCAGAAGGACAAAUGCUCAAUCUGGUUCCCCAUCGUCGUCUUCUACUCUGCUCUGAUAAUCUAUUGA